GAGCCAAUAAUAAACAUGAAUGAUGCUUUGCUGCAACAGGUGACGGCACUAGGAGAAAACAUGGCGGCCCUGAGAUUCACGUUAUUUGCCCUUUUGGCCGUAUCGGUUGCAUCUGCAGGAUACUUUCACAUUGAGGAUAAACCAGGUCCACCGAAUUGGGGCUGCCCCGAGUCGGAGAUCGCGUGCUCGAACCACUGCUUCAGCAUUGGGUACAGAGUGGGGGAAUGCAGAAACUUCCCCUUCUUCACUGACUGCACGUGUCUUAAUCCUAUUUAGCCACGUUGCCCUCCUACAUUUCAAUAAAAUGAUUCCAUGAUGGUUCCUCCUGCUAUGAA